UCCAACAUCAAACGAGCCCGACAGGGGUGAAGACGAGUCAUGGCCACAGGUGCAAAACGCAUGCCUUGAGUUCGUGUCUUUCACUCCCUCUACAAACAACAGGGAAUCCAGGCGUUCAAAACCCCCCUCGCAUCUUCAAAUAAAAUAAAAGCCCUCAAUCCCCUCCCUAAACCCCAGUGAAACACGACGCGCCGCAAUGCAAGCCACUCUAGUAGCCCCAACCCCUCGCGCCGCCCUGAUUGCCUCACACUAUGGGCCAAGUCAAUACCGCACCUCCUUCUCUCUCCGAGCGUCCGUCUCCUCCCCACCUCCCCCGUCUGUCACCGUCGACUCUUCGUCCGCACCCCCCACCACCCAAACCUACAAGCUUAACAAGUAUAGCUCCCGCGUCACCGAGCCCAAGUCCCAGGGUGGGUCCCAGGCGAUCCUCCUUGGCGUGGGCCUCUCCGAAGACGACUUGUUGAAGCCCCAGAUCGGCAUCUCCUCCGUCUGGUACGAGGGCAACACCUGCAAUAUGCAUCUACUCGGGCUCUCCGAGGCUGUCAAGGAAGGUGUCCGGGAGGCUGGUAUGGUUGGGUUCAGGUUUAACACCAUUGGGGUCAGUGACGCUAUCUCUAUGGGGACCAGAGGCAUGUGCUACAGCCUGCAGUCCAGGGACCUCAUCGCUGAUAGCAUUGAGACAGUGAUGAGUGCUCAGUGGUACGAUGGGAAUAUUUCUAUUCCUGGUUGUGACAAGAAUAUGCCAGGUACAAUUAUGGCAAUGGGCCGGCUUAAUCGACCAAGUAUUAUGGUUUAUGGUGGAACUAUCAAGCCUGGUCAUUUUCAAGGCCAUUCUUAUGAUAUCAUCUCUGCCUUUCAGUGUUAUGGAGAAUUUGUUAGUGGAUCCAUAACUGAUGAGCAGAGGAAGAUUGUUGUCCGUAACUCAUGCCCUGGGGCAGGGGCUUGUGGUGGGAUGUAUACGGCUAAUACCAUGGCUUCUGCUAUUGAAGCAAUGGGAAUGUGUCUGCCUUACAGCUCUUCGACACCUGCUGAAGAUCCAUUGAAGUUGGAUGAGUGCCGUUUAGCAGGAAAGUAUCUUUUGGAAUUACUAAAGAUGGACUUGAAACCACGAGAUAUUAUCACUCCAAAAUCCCUACGUAAUGCGAUGGUUAUUGUCAUGGCACUAGGUGGCUCUACAAAUGCUGUAUUACACUUGAUUGCUAUUGCAAGGUCUGUUGGUCUGGAACUAACUCUUGAUGAUUUUCAAAAGGUCAGCGAUGAGGUUCCAUUUCUUGCAGAUCUUAAGCCUAGUGGCAAAUAUGUCAUGGAGGAUGUACACAAGAUUGGAGGAACACCUGCUGUCAUUCGCUACCUUUUGGAGCACGGUCUUCUAGAUGGGGAUUGUAUGACUGUCACUGGAAAGACACUGGCAGAAAAUGCAGCAAUGUUCCCUCCCUUAGCCAAGGGACAGGAUGUAAUACGACCAUUGGAAAACCCCAUAAAGAAAACAGGCCACAUCCAGAUAUUAUAUGGAAAUCUUGCACCAAAUGGUUCUGUAGCAAAAAUCACUGGAAAAGAAGGGCUAUAUUUCUCUGGUCCUGCACUUAUAUUUGAAGGAGAGGAAUCUAUGAUUGCAGCUAUCUCAGAGGAUCCUCUGAGCUUUAAGGGAAAGGUAGUCAUUAUUAGAGGAGAGGGGCCGAAGGGGGGACCAGGCAUGGCUGAAAUGUUGACACCAACAAGUGCAAUAAUGGGUGCAGGUCUUGGAAAGGAUGUUGCUUUGUUGACUGAUGGUAGGUUUUCAGGAGGUUCACAUGGAUUUGUUGUUGGCCACAUAUGCCCUGAAGCACAGGAAGGUGGUCCGAUUGGUUUGAUUGAAAAUGGAGACAUCAUCAAUGUUGAUGUUCAGAAGAGGAGAAUAGAUGUGCAGGUAACGGAUGAGGAGAUGGAGCGGCGACGGAAGAAAUGGACUCCACCUGCAUAUAAGGUCAACAGAGGAGUGCUUUACAAGUACAUCAAGAACGUGCAGUCGGCUUCAAAGGGAUGCGUGACUGAUGAGUAGUGUGGCAGCCAGCCCGUAGAGUACAUGCCUCUUAUUGCGGCUAUUUUGGGUAUCUGGCAAAUUUUACUUCAUCUGCUCUUUAUUAUUUCAGGUAGAACUAGUUUUUCUCUCCAUAGUUUCUCAAACCAGUACUUUUUGAAUUUGCAUAAAUGACGUACGAACAUGUUGCUUAUCUUAAUGGAUUUUGGGACGGAUUGAUACACCUACUUGGGUUGAACUCACUAUUGAAAACUCAGCUUGCA